AUGGGUGCUGUACAAUGUCGCGCUAGUUCAAACAACCUUUGCCACAAGCGAAAUUUCACAUUCACAGCACCACGGUUUGCCGGUAAAGAUAUUAUUGAUCGAUCUCAAUUUUUAGAAGAGGUUAAGGUUUUCAUGCCCGAUGUCAGCGAGGACGGAUGCAUUAUAUCAAAGUGGUACCACCAAAAGGGUGAUGUCAUAAAGAAAGAGGCGAGGCUCUGCGAUGUUGAAUCCCCGGAUUUUGAGUUCACCAUGACGAUGGAUGAUGAUUGUGAUGCCAUCAUGGGGGAUAUAUUCGUGGAAGUCCAUUCAAAGGAACGAGUCAAAGGAAACACCGUGGUUUGCACUGUCUUUCAUCCACGUGAUGAUUCCAAAUAG